GCCAAGGGAGUAGGAAUCGAAGCACUGAAACUACACUACUCAUAUCGACCGGAGAUUGGGAAUUUCAAAGGCGAAGUCCAAGAAGACGAGAAUGGAACCUCCAAGAUCGGCUCACGUGUUGAUCGUCCCGUACCCGGCCCAAGGCCACAUGAACCCUAUGCUCCAGUUCUCCAAGCGCUUAAUCUCCAAAGGCCUCAAGGCCACCCUCGCCACCACCAUCUCCAUCACCUCCUCCAUGCACGCCUCUGCCCAACCAUCCUUCCCCAUCGAAACCUUCUCCGACGGCUACGACGUUGGUGGGUUCGCGUUGGCGGAGUCCACUGGGGCCUAUCUAGCGAGCCUUCAGUCUGUCGGGUCUGAAACCCUGACUGCCCUUAUCGAGAGGCUGGACCGGACAGGCUGCCCAGUCGACGCUGUGAUCUACGAUGGGUUCCUCCCGUGGGUCCUCGACGUGGCCAAGCGGCUUGGCAAGCUAGCGGCGGUGUUCUUCACCCAGAGCUGUGCCGUCAACAGCGUGUACUACCACGUGCAGCGUGGGCUCCUGCAAGUCCCACUACGUGCAGACGCUAUGGUGGAGCUGCCGGGGAUGCCACCACUCCGGCCCGAGGAGACGCCGUCGUUUGUGUAUGCGUAUGGGUCAUAUCCAGCUUUCGCAACGCUGAUCAUUGGCCAGUUCUCGAACGUCGACAGAGCAGACUUCGUGCUCUUCUGCUCGUUCUAUGAGUUGGAGGCGGAGGUGGUUGAUUGGAUAAGGGCCAAACUCUGGCCAUCGGCUAGAACGGUUGGGCCCACCAUCCCGUCCCUUUAUCUCGACGGCCGCCUCCAACACGACACCGACUACGGCAUUGACCUCUUCAAGCCCAACUCGGCAGCCUGCAUGGGCUGGCUCUGCCGCAAGGGGCCAGGCUCGGUUGUGUAUGUCUCCUUUGGGAGCAUGGCUGAGCUUGGCCCGGUCCAGAUGGCCGAGCUCGCUUCGGCCCUCAAAAACAGCGGCUACCAAUUCCUCUGGAUUGUUCGCUCCACAGAGAUGCCCAAACUGCCGCCAGGCUUCACCGCGGAGACGGCGAACCAGGGCCUUGUUAUGACAUGGUGUCCCCAGCUACAGGUUUUGGCACAUGAGGCGGUUGGGUGCUUCGUGACCCACUGCGGGUGGAACUCAGUCCAAGAGGCAAUCAGUCUAGGGGUCCCAGUCGUGGCAAUGCCGCAGUGGACGGACCAGGGAACGAAUGCCAAGUACGUGGAGGACGUCUGGCGGAUCGGGGUCCGGGCCAGGCCGGAAAGCGGGCACCGUGAGGAGGACCGGAAGGACGGGAACAUCAUCGGGAGCAAUGCCAUAGAGAGGUGCAUAAAGGAAGUCAUGGAAGGGGAGAGGGGGAAAGAAAUGAAGAGGAAUUGCUUAAGGUGGAGGAAUUUGGCUAAGGAGGCUGCUGGUGAAGGUGGGAGCUCAGACAAGAACAUUGAUGACUUUGUAGCUCAGUUAUCAUCAGCUUGCUCGGUUUCGGUUCCGAAUCCGAAAUCAUAAUUCAAGCUCAGUUUCGUGUUCAUUGAUGCUAAAUCAGUAAGUACUGCGAUUUCCAUGGCAGUCAGUUCCUCUUCCAACACGAGAGACAUAACUUCGAUUAUAUAUUUUCCAAUUACAAACCUGAGUAUAGCAUGCAACCCGGAUCUCGGGUUCUUGGACUGGUAUCAAAUCUAUGUAUGAACAAUCAUUGUUUAAGGAAUUUAACUUCGCCUGAGA